AUGGAAGAAAUGCAGAGAACUUAUGGAAUAAAGAUGACUUAUAAUAAGGCUUGGAGGUCUAGGGAAAAUGCCCUAAUGGCGGUGCAAGAAACUAUAGAGGAAUCCUAUGGUAAAUUUCCAUCAUACCUGUACAUGUUGGAGAAUAAUAAUUUGGGUACCGUAACAGACAUCCAGAAGAAUGAGCUUGGCCAUUUCAGUGAAUAUGAUUUUAAAGUUGACUUCAAAGGAUUGACUUGUAGUUGUAAGGUAUUUGAUGUAUCUAGUCUUCCUUGCACUCAUGCAUUGGCUGCUGCCUAUACACGUAAUUUGGAUGCCUAUGAAUUCUGCUCAAGGUAUUACUCAACUGAAUCGUGGAUCAGUGCAUAUGCGGAGACAUGCUAUCUAGUUUGUCAUCAAGACUCUUGGGAUAUUCCAGAAAAUAUUAAGCAAUGA